GAGCAUCUGUGAACACGCUGGCUCGCGGAGUUAACGACGUUUAUAAUUUGCUUGUUAGCAUGUAAUCAUUAUUAAGCAUUUACUCAACUCAAUAUAGAAAAAAAAAACUCGACUAUCUCGCUGACUUCAGUUGGAGCUCCCGCAAUGAGGUGAAACGCUUAGGUUCGCUUUAACGCGAGGCAACUUUCCACGUAGGCUAGAUUGUCUUUUCAGAGAUUCAAAUGUUUUACAACUUAUAACCAAGACAUGGUUUCAAAGCAUGGAAACAGAAGACGUGACGGUUAGAGAGCAAAUAUUCCACGACCGAGUCCGAGAAACCAUUAUUUGCGUGCUGCUUUUCAUUUGCCUGUACAUCUUGUCUCACUUCAUUCUGACUCACUUUAAGAAGAGUGCUGAGUUUGUCACUGAUGACAUUGAGGAUGCCACUGUCAACAAAAUUGCGCUUUGGCUGUGCACAUUCACACUCUCAGUGGCCGUGUGUGCAGUUCUCCUGCUGCCCAUCUCCAUCCUGUCCAAUGAAGUCCUGCUCACAUUCCCUCACAGUUACUACAUGCAGUGGCUCAAUGGCUCGCUCAUCCGUGGCUUGUGGAACCUAGUCUUCUUAUUCUCCAAUCUCUCCCUGGUGUUCCUCAUGCCAUUUGCCUACUUUUUUACUGAAUCAGAAGGAUUUGCUGGGUCCAAAAAGGGUGUGAUGGCACGGGUGUAUGAGACUGCUGUGAUGCUGCUGCUUCUUAGUCUGUUGGUGCUCGGCAUUGUGUGGGUGGCAUCAGCCCUUCUCCAUCAUAACACAGCCCGAGAGAGUCUUUACGACCUGUGGGAAUAUUAUCUGCCCUAUCUUUAUUCUGGAAUCUCCCUUUUUGGAGUUCUUCUGCUCUUGUUGUGCACACCCUUUGGGCUAUCACGCAUGUUUAGUGUCACUGGGAGCUUAUUGGUCAAACCUCGGUUGUUGGAGAACUUGGAAGAGACCAUGAACUGUGCAGUGUUUGAAGAGGCCUCUCUGUCCAGGAAGUUAAAAAGUACCAACACCUGCUGGAUCAGUGCGCAUUUAGAGGCCCUCAACAAAGAGUUUUUGAGUGUCCAAUCCAAGCGCAUUACUUUGGAGCUGCGGAAAAGAGCAUCUCCUUGGCAGAGAAACCUAGUAUACCCAGUGGCCAUGCUGCUGCUUUUAGCUUUAACUGCGGUGAGUGUGCUGAUGGUGUGUUUCCAUGUGCUCGAACUGCUCUUCGAUGAAUCUGCUAUGCCUAGAGGGAUGGAGGACCCUCAUUUAGGCCUUGCCUCCUUCUCAAUGCUGGGUUCUCUGGGAGCUGCGGUGCAGGUUGUCAUCAUUCUGUAUCUCAUGGUGUCUUCAGUCGUGGGCUUCUACAGUUCUCCACUCUUCACCGGUUUACUGCCACGUGCACAGGACACAACCCUCACACAGAUAAUCGGGAACUGUGUUUCACUUUUAAUACUCAGUUCUGCACUGCCUGUUUUCUCUCGCACAUUGGGAAUCACAAAGUUUGACCUGCUUGGAGAUUUUGGGCGGCAUGACUGGCUUGGCAGUUUCCACAUUGUGUUCCUGUACAAUAUGCUUUUUGCUGGACUCACAUCUGCCUGCCUCAUCAACACAGUCACAUGGGCCUUGCAAAGAGAGCUCAUCCGUGCCUUUGGUCUCCACAGACUCCCUCUGACUGUGUCUCGUUCAACAAUCCCUCUCAAACUUCUCCUAGCCAACGGCCUCUCAAAGAUUCAUUGAAAAGCUAAUAUUAUUGGCUAGCAAUGCCCUUUUCUGUCUGGAGAAGGGUCAGGAUCCCAGUCUGGGGCCUACUAUUGGACCAGAGCAUUCAUUAUUGGUAAAUGCUCACCAAAGCUGUUUACAAAGGUUACCUGACUGAUUUAUAUUGAUGGAUUCUGAAGCGACAGUUUUAUACGUUGUUUACUGCGAUAAUAUUUAUUCAUAUUACUGCUUUUUUAAUACAAAAAGGGAUGUCAAAUCACUGGACGCCUCAAACAACCACCUUAUAAAAAAAAUGAACAAUGGUUUCAGAGGACUUUGACAUGCGUCCAGACAGGAGAGCUAUUUUAGAGGAUGACAUCACAGCCAUGAGCGCGUUUCCUUUUCCUGGUGGUGGAAUGAGAGUGUUGAGUUCUGUCCUGGUGGCCCCCCUACGCUUUCCCCUGGUAUACCACUAUUUUUAGUGUCAUCUAACAAACCCUAUGCUGUGGGUGCUCAUUGCACUGGCAGAGGAAGUCCAGUCUGGCUGGCUUCUAACUGAAGAACCUGACAAAAGGGAUGAAAGUGAUGUUGGAGACAAAUAGUUCAACAUAACUUUUUUAUAUAAAGUUAGGUUGUAAAAUGUAUGUUUAAAAAAAAAAAAAAA